CAACACAGUAUACCAUCAGUCGAACGUAUAUUUUGGACUACAUGUCAAGAAGUGACAUUUACAGAGGACAAUUCCUAUUUCCACGUCUGUGGAAACUACAAAAAAUCAAAAGCUCUCGGCCUCAUCAGUGAUUCAGAGGACAUCUAUCUCUUUAAGUGAACAGACACUCAAACGGAUUUUCGUCAUGGCCGUGCGAUUUCUGUCGUGUGCUCUUUUGGUAUCGCUGUUCCCCACACGUUUGGACACCACUGACGACGAUACCUUUUACAGCUACCUGUCAUGUGCAAACGACUGUCGCUGUUCGCGAGAAAAAGUGUCCGGAAAGGUUUUGGCCAAAUGCAACUUCGCCGGAAAAAAUCUAAGUGAGAAUAGUCUUCUUCUACCACCAGAUGUGGAUUCUUUAGACUUGUCCGACAACGGUUUGUCUCAAGUGCCAGUUUUCGUCAUCCGUAAAUAUCGCAAUAUCACAAACUUGGUCUUAGACGGAAACAAGAUACAUAAUCUGACUCAAGAAGGUCUGUUGGCUGAUUUCCUCUUCCUGGAGUUUCUCUCGAUUCAACGAAACUUCAUUGGGGAGGUUGACAGCAAAUUCUUUGCCGGCCUCAACCGCCUGAAAUAUUUAAAUCUCAGUCUGAAUAAUAUAAGGAGUUGGUCUGGUAACCAGUCAAAUAGUACCCGCGAUCUUGAAUACCUGGAUAUCACUGGAACAAUCGACUGGGUCCCAGAUGAAAAUAUUCUGGCUCUUCCUAAACUCAAAGAACUCAGGGGGGUAACUUGGUGUAAAUUCUGCCCAAACUGCACUGUCGUUAACCCAAGAAAUCUCGUCAACGAGGCGCAACGAAAGCAGAAGGCUGAGGAAUGCCUUCGAGAGUUUGAUGAAAUGGAGUUUCUUGAAUUUGGGAAGAAGGAUCCUACGAGAUUUGUAAGACACCGAUUUUCGCCCGAGUGCAUGUGCGUGAAGCAGUCGGAAUGCGAAUUCCGUCACGUUGUUAUGCCAUACUUGAAAAAACGGACAUCCCUUCCUCAGCACUUGUUUUAUUUGGAGUACAUUUUUAGCCCCUUUACAAUCCUUUUCAAUUGUGUUGUCAUCUUUGUUAUUCUCUCGUCCCGCAACUUACGAAAGACAGCGUCCUUUAUUCUCAUAAGCCAUACAGGAAUUAUCGACCUGCUUAUUGGGAUAUACGCAAUAUGGGUGGCCCAUGUAAACAUCUCGAACAUCGACAGUAUUCUAGAAGAGGUUAUGUGGGCAGGAAAAGAGCUGCAGCCCUCCACUGGUCCCAUCUUUAUCUCGGGACAGCUGAUUUCUGUGUCCAUCUCACUGCUUCUCACACUCGAGAGGUAUCUUGCUGUCGUGUACUGUGUCAACCCUUCCAAGCGCAUGACAGCGAAAGGUGCGCACAUCUCAUUGCUAUUUGCUUGGGUUACUGCCAUCACUUUCGCUGUCUUGCCCAUAUUUGGUGUUGGGGGUCUUCAUUACAACAUAAAGCGAGCCUGCACUCCUUUGAGUUAUGAUAAACAAUUCCAGUCAGGAUCAUCACUGAUUCUUCUUUCUUCUCUAGCAUGCAUUGUUUUGCUUUACUUGGCGAACCUUCCCUUAUAUUUCAAGGUUUUCAGGUUUGUGAAAAGGAGUAGCAAUCAGGUUGGGGUGAAGCGAGAGAUAUCUCUUGCAAGAAAAAUCGCUUUGUUGGUUUUCACAAACUUUAUAUUCUUUGCUAUCCCUAUUAUUCUCAUCCUUGUGUUCUCAAUCUUUGCCAAGCUGGAGAGCAACCCUUUUGAAUUCAAUGGCGACUCUUUUAAAAGCACCAUUUUUAAAAUUUCCAUCGGUCAAUGGCUUCCAGUUACUUGUCUAAACAUUAAUUCCCUGUUAGAUCCAUUUCUCUACGCAUUUCGACAUGCGCAUUUUAAGCGGGAAGUAAGGCGUAGACUCCAUCGUUUGUCCCGCAAGGUUUUUCCAUCUCUGACUCCAGCAAUGAAUUUUAACUCUGUUGGAGAUACAGUAUCUUACGAUGCCCCCAAAACAAAGCAAAUGUCAAAGAUCGAUGAAUUGAAAGCUCCGCAAAGCGGUGCUCGAAAGAGAAAUAUCCUAGCUGCCAACGUUGAGUUUGAAUUCCAAGAGACAGAAAAACAAGUCACAAAGUCUUCUUAAUGCAAGCACUUGUACAGAAAAAAAUUUCAUUUUACCUCAUGAUGACUUAUCAAGAAAAACCGACGCAAAUAU